AUGGCCCCCGAGAUCAAUGCACGCCUUCAUGGCGAGUUGCUUCGCGACAUCUCCGGCUUCUCGCCCACUCAAUACAGCGGUCUGCGCUCCGGUGGCGCGGACCUUCGGAUGUGGACGAUCAUCCCGAUCCAGCUGGCGAGACGUUUGGCCCGUUUGGGCGAUACCUUCGCGAUUACCCGCCACAUCACGGACGUCUCGGCCAGCGAGCUGCGGGCGGAACUCUCUGCGGCCACUGCUGCAGUGUCCUCCAUCAACGGUUGCUUCAGCACCUACGGCCACGGCGCCUUCGGGAAGUGCGGCGGCAACAACACCUACGGCAGCCACGGCUCCCAGUCUUACGGCGUUCACGGCAUCUCCGAGUACGUCGCCGACGGCUUUAGCACGAAGCGCGCUGCCGAAAUUACGAAGUUGCAGGCCUCCCACAAACGCCACCUCACCUUUCUCUCUGAGGCUGAGGUCAUCAGCCCGUUGCGUUCGCUUCUCGGGGACUCCCGUGCCGCGCGCCCGAACGAGGGCUCCGAGAUGAAGGUCGCCCCCGGGGACAUCGACGAGGCCGGCCUGGCCGCGCUCGCCGCGGCCGCGGCCCAGCAGGACCAGCUGCCCCUGGCGCCGCGCGAGGAGAAGGCCGCGGAGCCAGUGCCCGAGGACCUCGACCUUCGAAAGAGGCUGGAGGACGUGUCUCAGGCCAUGGGCAAAGACGCCGCGCGAGGCCUGCUCGGCAAUGCCGUGAAGGUGCUGCAGAGACUAGCGAAGGACCAGGCGAACCCGAAGCUGCACGAGAUGCGGAAGGAGGUGCUGGAGCGCAUCGUAGGCGAGAGCUUAUUUUUCGUCUUCGAGGCCGCUGGAUUUGAGGAGCGGCCCGCCGGAGACGGCGGCGCCCCCGCGGCCUUCGUGUGGAGGGGCGGCGAGGAGGCCGCCUCGGCCGUGCGGGUGGCGCUCGCCGAGUCCCAGCGGGCAGCGGACCUCUGUCUGGACCCGGACGCUGUCACCUUCACACAGGUCUCCGAGCUCGUCGGCGCCGGCAGGGCCCUGCCGGGCAUAGAGGACGUGGACGACAAGGCCCUCGACAAUGACAGUUUCUGGAGAAAAUGGGACUUGCAAGUUGCGGUGCGCGGUGGCGCUGAGUCUCACGGAGCGUACGCUUCCCUCUUUUGGUUGCGCCUCCGGUUCUGCCACGAGUGGCCCGCCAAGCCGCCCGCGGUGCGCUUCCUGUCCGUCAUCCACCACCGGCUCGUAGAGGACGGCGAGAUGCAAGAGCCGUUCUUUACACAUUUGAAGCAGAGCGCUUGGGAUGCAUCCUCUCGGCGUUACAGACUUCACGACCUCCUGACCGCCGUGCGCCUGUCGCUCACGGAUCCGCACGCGGUGUGCCCAGAGGAGGAGGCAGUGGCUCUGCCAGUGCCGCACGGCACACCAGAGUAUCAAGGUACCGUCGCACACCCAGCGUUAGGACCAGACCACAAGGAGUUCAAGAUGCAAACGCACGCUCAACGGAUGCCAAAGGAAUUCCAAGGGAGAUGGGAGGCGCUGGGGCAACGCGGAGCAGCGACUAUAUUCGUCGACCAUUCUUCCAGACACGUAGCCAUUUUUGCGCAGUCGCCCCUCGGCGACGUGGAAUUGAACGGCGAGGUCGACGAGGAUAAUGGUACACUGUUUGGCGACGUCAUCUUCAGCGGAUCGCGCGAGGGUUCUUUCAGUUUGGUGCCAGUCCCAGAGGAGCAGCGUGACCUCGGGGACGAAUCUACCAACACGAAGCGCUUGGCAAUCAUCCGCAAAUUCACUUCGAUGGCUAGACACCCAGAGCUGUUCGCAGAGAAACCCAACUGGACUUGCAACGAGUGGCUUAACCCUGGCUUUUCUAAAGCACUUGCAGCUGGUACAGCGGAUGCAUGGCGUGAUUUGCUUAUGACACACUCGCCAGGUGAAGUUUAUUCGUUUCCGUUCUUUACUGCUGGAUUUUGCGAGGUGUUGUUGCAGGAGGUGAUGAAUUUCUAUGACAGCGGACUCCCCGCACGUAG